AUGUCGUACCUGUUACCGCAUCUGCACAGCGGGUGGGCCGUGGAUCAGGCGAUUCUGUCGGAGGAGGAUCGCGUCCUCGUGAUCCGCUUCGGCCACGAUUGGGAUGACGUGUGCAUGCAGAUGGACGAGGUGCUGGCAGGAGUAGCAGAAACCAUAAAAAACUUCGCAGUUGUCUAUCUGGUGGACAUCUCAGAGGUGCCGGAUUUCAACACCAUGUACGAGCUCUACGACCCCUGCACCGUCAUGUUCUUCUUCCGCAACAAGCACAUCAUGAUUGAUUUGGGCACCGGUAACAAUAACAAGAUCAACUGGGCGCUUAAAGACAAGCAGGAGUUCACGGAUAUUGUCGAGACGGUUUAUAGAGGGGCGAGGAAGGGGCGAGGUCUGGUGGUGUCGCCUAAAGACUAUUCCACCAAGUACAGAUACUAG